GGCUCUCGGUAGGCGAGGGCGUGCUCUCGGCCUCUUCUCCCCGCCCGGUGUAUUCUGACGUUGCGUGGCGGGGAGGGAGGGCCCAAUAGCGGCCGCUGGGACGGGGGCUCCCAACAUGUCCGUGCUGCUGGCUGCGCUCGGCCUGCAAGAGCGGAGGGCUACGGGGAGAGAGGCCGCUUCGUGAGGCGGCGGUGGCGGCUCGAGCGCAGCCUGGCUCCCAUUUGGUGCCUCAGACAGUCGGGGCUGCUGAAGCGAGCGAGGAGACUUCGGCGCCAGGAAAUUCCAGAUGCUGCAUCCUGUUCUGUCUGAAGCUUAAUCUCUUCUCUACCUGUUGGUUGAAGGAAUGUAAACUUAACGCUUUAAAUCUGUGGAGAAAUUGACAGAGGUGCAGUUGUUGGACUUCUUUGAAAACAAAGCAAAUAUGGGCGCAUUUUUGGAUAAGCCAAAAACUGAGAAGCAUAAUGCUCAUGGGACUGGAAAUGGUCUGCGUUAUGGGCUUAGCAGUAUGCAAGGAUGGAGAGUGGAAAUGGAAGAUGCUCACACAGCUGUUGUAGGCAUUCCUCAUGGCUUAGAGGACUGGUCCUUUUUUGCUGUUUAUGAUGGUCAUGCAGGUUCUCGUGUGGCUAAUUACUGCUCAAACCACUUAUUAGAACACAUCACUAAUAACGAAGACUUCAGGGGAACAGAACAGCCCGGCUCUGCUCUGGAACCAUCCGUGGAAAAUGUAAAGAGUGGAAUCAGAACUGGUUUUUUGAAAAUUGAUGAGUAUAUGCGUAAUUUUUCAGACCUUAGAAAUGGUAUGGACAGGAGUGGCUCAACAGCAGUGGGAGUUAUGAUUUCACCUGAGCACAUUUACUUUAUCAACUGUGGAGAUUCACGUGCUGUUCUCUAUAGGAAUGGACAAGUCUGCUUUUCAACACAGGAUCACAAGCCUUGCAAUCCGAGGGAGAAGGAGCGAAUCCAGAAUGCAGGAGGGAGUGUCAUGAUUCAGCGUGUUAAUGGCUCACUAGCAGUUUCUCGCGCUCUUGGGGACUAUGACUACAAAUGUGUCGAUGGCAAAGGCCCUACAGAACAACUUGUUUCUCCAGAGCCUGAGGUUUAUGAAAUUGUAAGAGCAGAAGAGGAUGAGUUUGUUGUCUUAGCUUGUGAUGGAAUCUGGGAUGUAAUGAGCAACGAGGAGCUCUGUGAAUUUGUUAAGUCUAGGCUUGAAGUAUCAGAUGAUCUGGAAAAAGUGUGCAAUUGGGUGGUGGAUACUUGUUUACACAAGGGAAGUCGUGAUAACAUGAGUAUUGUACUAGUUUGCUUUUCAAAUGCUCCUAAGGUCUCAGAUGAGGCAGUGAAAAGAGAUGCAGAGUUGGAUAAGCACUUGGAAUCACGGGUUGAAGAAAUUAUGGAGAAGUCGGGUGAGGAAGGAAUGCCUGAUCUUGCUCAUGUAAUGCGCAUUUUGUCUGCAGAGAAUAUCCCAAAUUUACCACCAGGAGGUGGCCUAGCUGGCAAGCGAAACGUUAUAGAAGCUGUUUAUAACAGGCUGAAUCCACACAGAGAAAAUGAUGGGGGUGCUGGCGAUCUAGAAGAUCCAUGGUAGCCUUACAGAUCUACUAAAAUGCUUUUGAAUAUGAAAAAUGGGGGAAAAAACUUUUAAUCAGUUUUCUUCAAUACAAGGGAAAAAUUCUGGUGGAUUUCCAACACUUUUGUGAAAUGGGCAGAGAAAUUAUUAGGAUUUUCCAUCAUUUGUUCACAUUUGUGUUUUCUGAUAUUGCCACUCUUAGCAUUGCCUGUACUACAGUAUUUUUACCAGCCUUGAGCGUAUUGGUUACAUCUUUAUGAAGCCUGAGCUCUAAAAACCAACGAAAGAAUAAUCCUAGGAGCACAUCACUAAACGUACAUAACGUACCAUGGGAUUGUAGUUGUACUCUGAAGACACACUAUGGUUUAACAGAACUUAACAAUAUGAACAUGACAGAGUGCAGAUAAUUUUAAUGAGACAGUUACUUACUUCACCUUACCACGAUGGAAGGCUUUUGCUGCUCUGGGCUUGGAAGUCAUUUCUGUUGGGCAAUAUGCUAUAGGAUGUGUAAUUUUUUUAAUUUUUCCAGUUUUACCUGUAUUACCAGACUGUUAGGUUUUCCCCUACAGUGUCCAAAAAAAGUGAUAUGUUGCCUACUGCUUGCUUAUGAAAAAUUGUAUUUGGCAAUAAUAUAAGGAGAUUUUAGGCAUCUAAAACCAAUAAGAAUUUUACGCAUGUGUAUAACACAUCCUUAAACUCUUGCUAGAAAAAAUCUUUUAAAACCAAACAACUUAAUUUAUGGUUAGUUGUAAUUUGCUUUGACAUCUCACUCAUUGCGGCAAGAUUUUUUUAAUGCUGAAUAUUUGCCUUUAUUAUAAUGUAAAUUGUGAUUUUGUUCUAAAUGUGGUUUUCUAUAGUUUUUUUUUCCUUUUGAUUUCUAUCAGCUUAAGAGAAGAGGUCUUAUGUGUAAUAUGGGUAUAAUUUUUAAUUGUUUGCAUUAUUUACAAAGUUCAAAUUAUCACUUUGAGAUUACUAUAAAUACAACUAAAAUUAUCUAUUUUAAAUCUAAGAAAAUAUUAGAGAUAUUUUCAUGGGUUCAGUGACCUUUCAUUUUAUAAGCAAUGGGCAUGGUACAGAGUGGCCGUCAUGUAAGGUACUUGAAAAUUCUUAGUUUAAUUCUAUUUUUGCAAUAACCUUAUUUUUUUCUUAAGUCUUUUGAGUUGUGCAUGUAUUGAGUCCAGUUAAUGCUGAAAGUGGAGAAGAGUAAAGUAUUUAUCUAAAAAAAUAAAUAAAAGCUAUUGGGGAGGGGAAACAAUGAAUGUAUCCAUCUGUACAUGAUUUACAUGCUGUGGAUGCCUUGUAAACAUUUUCCUAUUUGUUUAAACUGUGUUUCAGCAGGAUGUAAUUGCCCUUGUGUGUAGUUUAAGCUAACGACAGUCAUCAACUGGUUUUGUGUGAAAUGAAAUUCAUGGUAUUUUUCUGUAACUUUCCCCCAUGCACACACACUUGAGUGUAGAUACAUAUACACUCUUUAUAACCUGGUGCCUACAGGCAGCUUUCCCAAUCAUUUGGUUCAUUGUGUAUCUGAUUUGGGGGAGGGAGGUGAGGGUGGGAGGGAGGGAGUCUAGAGAGGAUUAUUGCCACAAUAUAUUUUAUUUAUUCAUUAGAUUUUAGCCUUGUAAGUUAAAGUGUUCUAAAUGAUGAUGUUAACAGGUAUUUGUCCCUACUGGGUUUUUUGGGGGGUUGUUAAAAGCUAGGGAAUGAAGAAUGCAAAAUGGUUUAUUGUUCAGACUGUCUGCUCUGGUCCAAUCCUGUACUGAUAGUACCUUCCCAGUAUGAUAUUGUGAUGUUUCAUACAAUACAGUGAACAUAACCAACUUGUUAUCUUCAAUAAAGGAUUGCUAAAACAGUGA